AGCCGUCAGUCCGUUGUCCGCAACCGUCGUGUUCUGAUUGUUUCACGAGAGUGCAACCAUUCCAAAUUGGCUGCAUGUUGCAUUUACUGUCGAAUCUAAGCAAAAAAUAAAUUGGUGUCAAUGUUAAUAGUCAAACCAGACUCAACGCUCAAGUUUCUGCCAUCCGUGAGGCUCAUCAACAACUUGAACAUCCGCAAGGGUAGCCGCACGGGAAACUCCGGCAAUCAUCUUGAGUUCCAGGUGCUCACACAGAUCCAGUACGUACCCUGAUAGAGUAACGAGCCGAAACCGAAAGCUUCACAAUGCAGGACCGUUCGUGCACCGCGACCAAACAGAGCCAAAAGUCUGCCUACAAUACGCCCUCGGUUGGCAACAUGAAAAAGAGCACGGGUCAAAAUCAAAACUCGGCGGCGGAUCGCACGAAGACGGGCUCCAAUGGAAACUGGGGUCCGCACUUCAAGAAUCGGGAACACUUCAACAGUAUGCACUUUUGCUGAGCCUUGAGUUAGUAUUUUUUCAAAUUCCGUUCCGACUGAAACGCGCACCCGGAGGGCCCACUUUAGGGAUGGAUAUGAAAAUUAUAAAGUCAAUAAAACCCCUCUAAGUUAUUUUGAA